AAUUGCGCAUGCGUAACAUAUCCAUUUUAAAAUGGCCGAACGUAUGGUUCAGAGUUGUUCAGAGUGCACUGGUUUGUCAUGUCAGUUGCACAGCUGAUGCCAAAGUGACGUCAGUAAAACAAAGCCAUGCGCGGUCGAUCGCAGCCGCGAAGUAAACCGAGCAGACCGAAUUGUCUUGUGAGCAAACAUUGAGCGUCCGUGGUCCAGUGAGGUGCGUUCCUUAAUAUAUUUGAUCGUUAGUCGAAGGAUCGCUCGUUUGCACACGUAAGCAGAGCAAGCAUCUCGUGCAAUUAUAUAUCUUGCGAACGAUGCCAUUCAUAUCGAAGGAUUGGCGCAGUCCUGGCGAAGAAUGGGUAAAAACUGUCGAAGGUUGGGAAAAGAAGAAAAUCCUCGAAUGCGCUAACAAUAAAACACUUUCUCUUUUACUUCGCGGCGAUAAGGAUGUGCUCGACAAAAAGGAGAAGGAUAAAAAGAAAGAAAACGCCGUCCAGCCGCAUUGCCGCAUCACGCUGAAAUGCACUCGUGAGAUCGCUGGUUUCAACGGUUUAAGCGAUGCGCUGAAAAGCUUGGACUUUUUAUCAGCGGUGCACGAUUGCCGACGUUUUAAUUACAUCGUGCAACUUUUGGAUCUUCUGGUCAGUCACAGGAUGGGCGGUCUUAGUGGAUGCGCUCAACGAGUUCUCUUCAAUAUGUUGGAAGAAGUCGCAUUGGAAGUAUCAUUAUCGCAGCAACAAACCGGAAAACUUCGUCGGUUGAUCGAAAGAGUUCGGGCUUUCAGCGCGGGUUGUUGUUGGGGCGGUAGACCUUUGGGUUCUGUAGUUUUAUGGGAGAAACACAAAGCCGCUCUAGAAAGAAUAUUGCAAAUUGCUUCGUCCAUCACUAUAACUCAGCCGGACGAGGAACAGCAACCGCAAUGGUCGGAUUUGCCAGCGGAAUGCCGCCGGGAGGUUCUCCUUCGACUCAGUGAUCCACGAGACAUUGAAGCGUCCUCGGAGGCUUGCGAACAUCUAGCUGUUCUAGCACAGGAACAGAGAAUCUGGCGGGAGCUUGCCCAGUAUCACUUCACGCCUCAACAAAUAGCCUCCACUAGACAACAUAAUCCUGGAAAAGACUGGAAGACUAUUUUUACUAUCGCACGAAGGUCGUUUGGUCUGCGAGAAGAAUAUGCAGAGAUAAUACAGUUGUGCCGUAAUUGCCGCUGCCUGUUUUGGAGGUCGCUCGGACAUCCCUGUAUCGCCGAUCAGGAUCCAGCCUUUCAGGAGAAACUAGCGGAUGUCGAUCGAGCAUCUCUUCAUGUUCCGAUUCCUCCGCAGACCUUUCUCAAAUUCUUUUCCCUAUGAAACAAACAGGCAGAUAGAGAAAAGGAAACAAGGGAUCUACGCAUCUAUUUUUCUAGCCUUCUUUGGCAAAGGAAUAAACGAUCAGAAAGGUAUACGCGCAUUGCGUAACAACCUUCGAUGCCCUUCGUUUUCUUAUUUUCGCCUUGUCUUGUCCCCGAUGAAUGCGUUCGAAAAUGCGUUGCUUAAAUCCCCCGAUCACCAACCCCUAAAUUUUCGACUCUUUUCAAUCUCGAUGGCUCCGACUUACUCCGAUCAGUUCUUUCGAAGACAUCGACAUAAUAACAAUAGUAAUAAUAAUAAGAAGAAAGAGAAAAUAUCGUGACCAUCUCGUUCUCUCUUUGAUAUCUCAUAUCGUUACCUAACGAAUGUUAUUAUAUGCUUUUCAAUUUUUCCGACGCCAAACAAAAUGAACGAAGUGUAAUAACAUGGCACAAAUUCGUGUGUAUCGUGAAUCGUAGAAUUAGCUGUGUGUGUUCGUUCUUUAUCUACUUGUAAUCGUACAACAAUAUGACACUCACUACCCUUCUCAAAAUGGAAAAAACUUUUUCAUUCGACUUUUAAAGAAAAGUUGAAGCAAAAUAAAAAUUUUGUGUCAACUUUAUUUUGAGUCAACGAAUAUUUUGUGUUUAUCCAUCGAAGCGUUUUUACAUAAAUUACGUUGAUUAAGUGUAACGAACAUUGAUCUUAUUGCAAAAUUUCUGUGGAAGACAUAUAAUCAUCAGCGAUGAUACUACAUACUUAUUCAAACGUUACUUAUUGAGAACGUAUUUAUGAUAUAUGUAUGUGUGGAAUUUAUUUUGGAACGUUAUUGUUUAUUGCAACGAAGUUAAAUACGUUACAGUUCCCGAUAGUUUUAUCGAUAUUUCUAUCAUCCAUUUAAAUCAAUAUUUAUUUUUUAAUUACUUUUGUAAUAUUACUUAUUACCAAUUUUGCGUCUGUUUUGUACACUUACAUAUUUUAUAUAGCUUUUUUUCUUUUGUAUAUCAGCAUCAUCGUCAUCACAAUCGUCAUAACCAUCGUAGAAUAAAGAAAUGUCAAAUUAUUUUAUACAUAAUGUCGUCCCUUGACGCUAACUCUCAGUGGAAAAUAUUAAUCUUUACAUUUGUUACUUUCUGCGAACAUUUCUUUUAUAUGGGUUGCUUUAAUAUAAUAGGUUUUAUUCUUAAAAUGAAAUAUAAUAAUAGAGAUACGUUGUAAAAUUAUCUUGAAUUGAUACUUUUUUCCCUCUUGAAGAAAGGAGAAGGGGUCUAUAUGCUCGUUGUAACGAAUACAAAUAUUUCCAUUAGUUACAAUUAGUAUGCAUUUAUUACACACAUGUUCAUUUAACUGUAAUAUUGCCGAAUGUUCAUGCGUUUCACGACUAUAUAGAUAUUAAAAUUGAUUAAGCGAUUCAUUUGGAAUGCUGAAAUCUAUACUGCCAAAAUCAAUACUGCUGCAUUUAUCCAUAUCAAUGCAUUUCUUGGUACAGUUUCCUUAAGUACUAUAUACACAAUUAAUUUCUUUUUUGAUAUGUUACUUCUCUUUACUUAAUACAAUUGCAUUGCAAUCAAUCAAUGUAUGUAUGUAUAUCUUCCCGAAGUAGUUGUAUCGUAAAAUAUGUAUACAUUCUUUGACAAGUAAGAAUACUAAAAAUACAGCAUGAAAGCUGUGCUUAUCAAUCCAAUAUUUUAGCAAAUUGUUGUUAUAACUUUUAAAAUUUUCUUUAUCGAUUUCUGUAAUUUUUUUUAUACCGACAUAACAUUUUUUUUACAUAAAGGAUGUAAAGCAAUGUUGUGCCAGAUGCUCCAAAAUAAAAAAUUUAUUUCUGUA